AUGGAAAAUUGUGGCUCAAUGAUGCCAUUGAUAGUGUUGUUGCUGUUGAGCGGUAUUCAUCGGUUGAAUGCUACUGACAAUGAUCCGAUGACGGGCAAAUGCGAAUGCACAGAACGUUUCGAAGGUGAACAGUGCGAAAUUGAACCAUGCUUAAACGAUGGUAUCAAAGCAUCUGAUUCCUCCUGCCAUUGUCCCUGGGGUACAACAGGUAGCAGAUGCGAAAAAGUAACUUACUGUAUUGAAAGCAAUGGACGUUUGGAGAAUGGUAAAUGUGUAUGUUCAGAUCGAUUUUCGGGAAUUUUCUGCCAGUUAAGAUUAUGUCAUAAUGGAGAUUUUGUUUGGGAUGGAAGUACAGGAUUUUGUCGUUGCGAUAGAGGUUUUACUGGACCAUUUUGCAACGAAAAAUUAGUGUGUAUUCAUGGACAUAUUACCGAUGAUAAUAAAUGUUCAUGUGAUACAAAUUGGACUGGUGAACGAUGCGAUAGAUGUGCUAUUGAUCAUCGAUUAGUUGGUAACGAAUGUAGGAUGGUGGUCAAUGAAGAACUGCUGGUGGCACCACAGCAAAAUGGUGCUGAAGUUAUGGAUCUAUGGUCUAUGGGAAUGAUUAUAUCGGCUGCUGGUAUUGUUAUUGUUUUGGUGAUUGCAAUAACGGCAGUGCUAUUCAAAAGACGACAAUCAAAAGCUACAAAAAUUGAUGGAACCCUUGGCACAGAUGUUUGA